GCGCAGGAGUUUCAAUCAGGCAAUGAGGGCUGGCUGCUUAUUGCUGGUGUUGUUGUUGUGUAGGGCAGCUGGGAGAGCCGAGCCUGAGUAUUUUAUUCGCAUUUUAUUAUGUAUUAUUAUUAUAAAAUGACUAAUACAAGAAUAGAGUGCGGAGAGUGGCAUAUUAUUAGCGGGCGCACAUACACCGAAAAUGAUGUCGAUGAGAUCGAGAAUAAUAAAGCUCACGGCACGCGGAGACGGAGACACAUGUGGUGUGUUGUACUGAACGGGGUUAUUCGGAACGUGCUGGAGAAGCAUAAUAACACUUAGCAGUCAGUUAACGACGCUAGGUCAACGCUAACGGAUGUGUCCCUGCUUGUAAAACAGGAGGUGGCGUUAGAAGAGCACUAAUUGGUGUGGUUGGCCAGUUCGGUACACAAGACAGGAGAUACGAUUGUUUUGUGUUGAACGGUUCAUUAAGAUCCAGUUGACCAAACGGUGCCAUACCGGAGAACGCAUUGUUCGGAGGAAGGAUACUCAUAUGACUGUUUGCCAGUUUCGUGCGUGUGACCACUCAUAAUCAUAUGUGCGGUGCCUGCGGACACGCACCAUUUCGGUUAGGUACUAUUGCUGACGAAUGGCGCAAAUUAUUGUUACUAUUUGAACUGUCUCCGGAGCCGGAGUCGUGCACACCGGCGAGUUACCUUCGGACUAUCGUGGAAAGACAUCAACGUAGUGGCGCGUUAAUUACCGAUAAUGAGAUAAACGCGUACGAGAGGAGUACCGGGUCGUCGCUGGUGCAGUCAUUCGAUGACAAAUGGUUCUUCCCAAACAAUGUCCCUUGUGCGUGAAAUGUGAAUUUAUGGUUCAUUCGAACGUGCUUCGAUUUGCUAAUGAGUGUUGAUUUUUAAGGUGUGUACAUCGAAAGCACUGAUCGGCCCGAAGGAUUGAUGACAGAUAUUUGGGGCAGACGAUGAACAAGCCAUCAAUCGGUGUUUAGGAGUGCUGGUCUUGUGUGAAAAUUAUCAACUGUUCAGGAAGAGUGGCCCACGAAAAUCAUUAAAUAUUGAAAACGAUCAGCUGGGAGCAAGUGUACUUUGCCAGUGUUAAUCCAUUCAGCUGAAAAUACCGGUGCGAGGGGCGAAGAACGAAAGUGUUGUGUCAGGUGUCACUUGAGCUGCACAUUCCAGAACGAAAGACAAGUUUGCACGCCGCUUGGCCGCCACCCACUCGAGACCUCAAUAACUCAACGAAUCCCAUUCUGAAAAGAAAAACGACCGCAUCAUGCACGGUAGUUGUUUUCGGUUUUGAGUGUCCGAUGUUGGAAUAUGGCGGAAGGACCACAACCACCACCAGCAACAGGGAAAGCACUAUCGGAGCACAAUAACAGUAGUAGCAACCCUAACACCGGUGCCGCCAACAUUAACAACAACAACAAACUUUGUGGAAUGCUUGGUAUCAACAUGCCCUGUGAAGCGGCAGGCCAUGAUUUCAGCACCGUCCGGAAAGAGCUAGAAUUUGCCAACUCGAUCGCGUCCCACUACAGUGCGAGUCUGUCGGCGGUAGCGACGGAGAAGAUCGACCGGGAUCACCAUCAGCAGCAGCAGCAACAGCAUCAUCAUCAUCGUUUAGGAAGCUUUAAAAUUGAGGUUUGUUCUUCCUUCGUGACUAGUAGCUGGCGGACAGCUGAUUUUAUGUGAACUUUGAAGACCUUA